UUUUUUUUUCUUAUUUCUUUCUUCCUUUUCUCUUAAAAUAAAAAUGCAAUAUUCAAAACAGACUUCAUUUGUUAUUUUUUCUGGAGGAACAGCCUGUAAUCAUAUUCUCGAUAGUUUUCAUAAAAUCAAUAAAAACAGUAAUGAUAUUAGCUAUAUACUUAGCGUAUCUGAUAAUGGCGGAUCCUCUAGCGAAAUUCUUCGUGUACUAGGCGGACCUAGUGUAGGUGAUUUACGCUCCCGAUUGGUUCGACUCAUGGAUACUGUAGAUAUGAAUGAUACAAUAGAAAUGAAAGCCAUCAAGCGUUUAUUAAGUUAUCGACUUCCUUCAAAUAUGGGUGAGCAAGAAGCACGAAAGGAAUGGAUUUCUAUAGUUGAAGGCCAUCACAAUCUUUGGAGUGCAAUUUCUACAGAAAAAAAGGAAGCUAUUCGAGGAUUCUUUGUUUUGUUUAAUUUAGAAGUUUCCAAGUUGGCUCAUAAACGUUUUAAUUUUUGUAAUGGAAGUAUUGGAAAUUUUUUCUUAACAGGUGCUCGAUUAUUUACAGGUUCAGUAGAAGCUGCCAUUUUCUUAUUUUCAUCUAUUGUUGGUAUUCCUUCAGAUCUAACUUCAGUUAUUCCGGUUAUCAGCGAUAACCAAACGUCGACUAUUGCUGCCUUAUUAUCGAACGGUGAAACCCUAGUAGGUCAAUGUGAAAUUUCGCAUCCUUCUACUACUGUUCAACACAAAAAACCUAUCCCAAUGAAUCAUCAUCAUCAUCAUCAUCCUACGAUGAAUGUAUUCUCUUCAUUUAUUAAUGUCAGUAGCAAUAUUACUGUUGUAGAGGAAAAUAUGAACUGCAACUUAUUUUUCUCUAAACAAAGAAAUGAAAAGCUUCAAUCACCCAUUGAACAUAUCUAUUAUAUAAACAAAUUUGGACAAGAAAUAUAUCCUAUGCCUAACUCUAAAGUGAUAAAUCGUCUCUUAACCAAGGAAGCUUUAAUUUAUUCAAUUGGGUCACUUUAUACUUCCUUGAUCCCUUCCCUUAUUCUCCGCGGGAUCGGAAAUGCGAUUGCUCAUUCGGAAACAUUGAAACACAAAAUCUUAUUAUUGAAUGGUACAAAUGACCGUGAAACAAGUAAUUUUACAGCCAUUGACUUUAUUAAAGCCAUCGUAUCAGCCCUUAACAAAAGCCAAGAAAUUGAUGCAAGCUUUGCAUGCUAUUAUUCGUGCGACGAAGAUGAGGAAGAUGAUGAUUAUGAUAUUCCAAGCAGCAAUGAUAGCGUUGGAAGUAAUUUUAACAGUACAUUACCAUCCUUAUCUUAUUCCUCAGAACGUCGCUAUGAGCGUUUCCAUGAUUUUGAAACUUAUACUAGCCCUAUAUCAUCUUUUAUUACACAUUUAGUAUACCUUGAUAACUGUGAUAUUUAUGUGGAUAUUACUGAAAUAGAACAGUUCGGAAUAAAAUGUAUUACCAUGAAAGGCAAAAAAUCCGACUCAGGUGAAUCUAUUUAUGAUCAAAAUGAGUUAACUAGAGUGAUUCAGUCUAUUGUACAUAAUGAAGGCAUAUAAAAAAAGAAAGAAAAAAACAAAACAAAAACCAAAACCAAAAUGCCCUCACGCAUAUCCUAUAUAAAUAUUGUUCAUACUAUACAUACACUAUAAGUCAUUUUCUAUUUUUCUUUUUUCUUAAAAAAAAUAUAUAUACAAAAUAUACACAUAUUUGUUUUUAUUAUUCAUAAUAAUUCCAUUUAAUAAUUUAAUACAAUGAAAAUAAAUAUAUUAUCAUUGUUAAUGAUGCAGCUUUGAAUAUGCUUUUAGAUAUAAAUACAUAAAUACAUAUAUAUAUAUAUAUUUUUUGCAAGUGAUUUAUAAUAUUGUUUUUUCUUUUAUUACAAUAAUAUUCU